AUGGUGUGCUGGGGCAGGAUCGGGGCCCGUGUCCGGGAGCGGCAAGCGGCUGAGCGCGUCCGCGUGGCCCAUCGCUUUGCCCGCUCUGUGUACCAAGGUGGCGGCCAGGUAGUCCGCGGCCGACUCUCCCUGGACCUGGUCCCUCUUGUGGAAGAGGAACCGACGGGCCACCCUCGACGGCUGUGGCAGGAAAUGUCCUGUGAGGAGGCGGACUACCUCUACGUAGGUCUUCUCCAUGCAGACCAUUGUGACAAAUGUCCGGAGGAUCAGCAUCCAAACAGUGACCGAUAUAAAUGCGUGUUGAAGGCUGUAAUUGUUCUUUCCUAUGAAGAAUCCUUGGGGGUUAUCCUAACUGUCAUUCCUCUCUUCUUUUUUCUACUCACUGGUGGGAUUUUAGGGCUUUUCAUUAAAUUCCGAGAUACUCCAGUAGUCAAAGCCAACAACCGGGACGUCACCUACAUUCUCCUGGUCUCUCUCCUGCUCUCCUUCCUUUCCUCCUUUCUGUUUAUUGGCCAGCCAACGAAGGUGACAUGUCUCCUUCAACAAGCCACCUUCAGCACCAUCUUCUCAGUCUCUGUCUCUUCUGUCUUGGCCAAAACCAUCACUGUGGUGGUGGCCUUCAUGGCAACAAAGCCAGGGAACAGGGUGAGGAAGUGGCUGGGCAAGAAUUUGGCCAACUCCAUCAUCAUCUCCUGUUCCAGUCUCCAAGUUGGUCUCUGCAUCCUCUGGUUGGCAACCUCUCCCCCCUUCCCAGAGUCCGACAUGCACUCCCAGGCUGGGCAGAUCACGCUGCAAUGCAAUGAAGGGUCUGUGGCCAUGUUUUAUGGUGCCCUGGGCUACAUGGGCUUCCUGGCUGCCGUCUCUUUCACUGUGGCUUUCCUGGCCAGGAAGCUGCCUGGGGCCUUCAACGAGGCCAAGCUGAUCACUUUCAGCAUGCUGGUGUUCUGCAGCGUUUGGGUGUCGUUUGUGCCCAUCUACCUGAGCACGAAGGGGAAAUACAUGGUAGCCGUGCAGGUCUUCUCCAUGUUGGCCUCCAGUGCUGGACUGCUGGGUUGCAUCUUUAUUCCCAAAUGCUACAUUAUUAUAGUGAGGCCUGAUCUGAAUACCAAGCAGCAUUUAAUGACAAAACUGAAUAGAUAA